AUACAUAACAAAUAUGAAUUAGCCACGUUGAAUAUAAUACAAAAUAGGUAUUAUAAUAAGAAAGUGCCUUCGCUUAUAGAACACAUAAUUUCAAAAUGGUUAAAAUCUCUGUAUUCCUCUGUCUUCUUGUCUCCGUUUGUUUGUCCGUACGGGCAAGCGAGGAGGUCAAAGAAAUGGACCAAGAAGUAAAAGAAACAAAAGAACCGGAAAAGAAACCAGACUUGAAAAUUGAAGUUGUGAGCCUACCAGAAAAAGGAUGUGAUAAAGAUGCUAGAAAAUCACAGCGGCUAGAUAUCCUCAGCAUGAAAUAUACAGGAUUUCUGGAAAACGGUACAAAGUUUGAAUCCACAGAUGACCACAAUCAAGAGUUUUCUUUCCAACUCGGUGUUGGUCAGGUCAUCCAAGGAUGGGAAAGAGGAAUGCUUGAUAUGUGUGUUGGUGAAAAGAGAAAAUUAACAGUUCCCCCACACUUAGCGUACGGUGAUAUAGGAGCAGGUGAGAAAAUACCUCCAGCUUCUACGUUAAUAUUUGAAUGUGAGCUAGUGAAGAUAGAUAACGGACCUAAACCCACCAAUGUAUUCAAUGAAAUAGAUGCAGACAAAGACGGCUUUAUUACUAGAAAAGAGGUAUCAGAGUUCCUAAUUAAACAUUCUGAAGACAAAAUAGAACCAGAAUCAGAAGAGCAUCAAAAGGUUCUUGACAAUAUAUUUCUUCAUGAAGAUAAAGAUAAAGACGGUCAGAUAUCUAAAGAAGAGUUUAGUGGACCUAAACACGACGAGCUAUAACCUGAUGUACAUCUUUAAACCGGUCUCAUUUUAAUUUAUUUCCCAUUUCGCUUAUAUGGCAGUGCUAGUUUCACCAAAACAUCUGUAAUUAAACCAAAAGUUUGCUGUGUUGUAAAAAAGUUUCGUAAAAGAGAGAGAAAGAAAGUGAGAGAGAGAGAGAGAGAGAGAGAGAGAGAGAGAGA